GCUGCUUCCUGCGCGAUGCCUUGUUUUGCGAAACUCUUCCUGUUCGUCCUGUACUUGGUUCUUCUUGUGGAAAGCAGAAGGCACAGGAGGAGGAGGUGGACGAGCCAGCUGGAGGUGCAGAAGGCAAGCCACAUCUAUAAGAAGAAUCAUGACGUGACCAAAACUUGGAAAGGAAAGACGGAGCAGCUUCUCAGAGUUGAUGACCAUGAUUUCACUAUGAGGCCRGCUUUUGGAGGCCCUGCAAUUCCGGUUGGAGUGGAUGUGCAGGUUGAAAGCUUGGACAGUAUUUCUGAGGUUGAUAUGGAUUUUACUAUGACUUUGUACUUAAGGCACUAYUGGAAGGAUGAGCGCCUCUCCUUCCCCAGCACCACCAACAAGAGCAUGACUUUCGAUGGCAGACUCGUGAAGAAGAUAUGGGUGCCAGACGUCUUCUUCGUGCACUCCAAGAGAUCCUUCAUCCACGACACGACCACGGAUAACAUCAUGCUGCGAGUCUUCCCUGACGGUCACGUCCUCUACAGCAUGAGGAUCACAGUAACAGCAAUGUGCAACAUGGACUUCAGUCGCUUCCCCCUGGACACUCAGACCUGUUCUCUGGAGCUGGAAAGCUAUGCUUACACUGAUGAAGAUCUGAUGCUUUACUGGAAAAAUGGGAAUGAAUCUCUGAAAACUGAUGAGAAGAUAUCUUUAUCUCAGUUUUUGAUACAAAAAUUUCAUACUACAUCAAGACUGGCCUUCUACAGUAGCACAGGUUGGUACAAUCGCCUCUACAUAAACUUCACCUUGCGCCGACACAUCUUCUUCUUCUUGCUCCAAACCUACUUCCCUGCCACUCUGAUGGUCAUGUUGUCCUGGGUGUCUUUCUGGAUUGACCGCAGAGCAGUACCUGCCAGAGUCUCUUUGGGGAUAACCACYGUGCUGACCAUGUCUACGAUCAUCACGGGAGUGAACGCCUCCAUGCCCCGGGUCUCCUACAUCAAAGCUGUGGACAUUUACCUGUGGGUCAGCUUCGUGUUUGUCUUCCUCUCCGUGCUGGAAUAUGCGGCAGUGAAUUACCUGACUACAGUGCAGGAACGGAAGGAGAGGAAACUCCGGGACAAGUUUCCAUGUACGUGUGGGAUACCUCAUUCAAAAACUAUGAUGCUGGAUGGAAACUACAGUGAAGCUGAUGCCAACAGCCUGGCAGGUUAUACAAGAAGCCAGAUGGUCCCAGAGGAAGAAAAACAAGAAAAGAUGGUCGUGCACUUGACUAUGAGCAAUGAAUCUAAUUCAUCAAGGAAGAGAGGCCUGAAGGGCCAUGUUGGCCURCGUAUCAUCCAGAACUCUCACGCAAUUGAUAAAUACUCAAGAUUAAUAUUUCCAGGCACCUAUAUAUUUUUUAAUUUGAUAUACUGGUCUGUCUUUAGCUAGGCAUGCUGCGGCAGCGGUGACUGAAGCAGAAAAAUACUUUCUUUUGUUGGUUCUUUUUYAAACCUGGUUUGAAUGGAAAGCUAGAAAACUGAUUAUUUUGCUACUUCUUUGAAUGGCAGUGGGGGAGACGGCAUCCAGUGGACWAGACCAUGCGCAGGCAUCAUGGAGAAACCUGCCUCUCUGGUUGCUCUCCACCCCCCA